UCCAGGAGAGACCAUGUCCGCCGUCAUAGGCAAACUGUACUCACCUCUGCUCUCAUUUAAAACUAAUUCUCCAUGAAAUAACAGUAACGCGGGGCCUCAAGGAUGGCCAACUCGGGUGCUGUUCAGGUGAAACUAGAACUUGGUCACCGUGCCCAGGUCAGAAAGAAACCCACUGUGGAAGGCUUUACCCACGACUGGAUGGUGUUUGUCCGAGGCGCUGUGAGAAGCUCACCUUCAACAACCCCACAGAGGAGUUUCGUAGGAAGCUGCUGAAAGCCGGAGGGCAACGGGAUCCUCACAAACGAAGUACAGAAGAUUCAAAAGUGAUGGUAAUGCAGGAGGGCUCCACCUCCCUGUUCGGCCAGCACCUGAAGCUGCCCACGCUUCCUAACAGCUCGCUGACAUCCUCCUUCUCCGACCCAAAGAAGAGCAAAAGCUUCCAUGGGUCAAAGGAUGGUUCCAAAGGAAGCGGCACUACCCUGCUCACCACCGCCACAACCACCAGCACCAACAGCAGCAGCUUCUCCAAACUCCACAAACCCUCCAAGGACCACAAAGACAAGCCUCCAAAAGACUUGAAAGAGCCCAAAAGUGCCUUCAGAGACUCUGGCUGGGAACCCAGCAAAGCCCCCAAAGAACCUUCCAGGAAACCCAAAGAGAACCAGCCACUUAGAGAUAUCAAUCCUAAGAUGGGCUUCAAGGAACCCAAGUCUUUGUCCAAGGAGCAUCGGACUGAGGGAAUGAACCACGGGUCCGGACUAAACAAGCGUCUGUCCACCCCCGACGGUGAUGAUCACCUGACCAAAAAACGCAAAAAGGGAUUUGUGGAUUCAUCAGGGAAACAGACGUCAGGGUUAGACGCCCAACAUUUGGAUAAGAAACUCUUGAAGGACAGAUCGCAGAUGCGGACAAGUAAAUCACGGCCAGACGGUGAUGAGGUGGAGCGCAGGAAGGUGUCAACACUUCCCCCAUUUCAGGACCUGGUGGACCCCAAUGACUCUGAUAUAGAGGACCAGUCUACCAAAUCGGAUUCCGAACAGCCCAGUCCAGCCAGUUCCAGCUCCAGUUCAGGCUUUGCUCCCACACACCACAAACGACAAGUGGUGGACUUCAUCAUCAGGAAAAGGGUGGCUAUUCCUGCCACUACCCACACAGUGCUGGGCCCGCUGCAGUCAGUCAUGCAGGAUCUGCACUCAGACGACAACGAUGAAGAUUCAGAGGAUGACGACGACAAUGACAUGGACUCUGACGUGGAGCGACCCGCACACACACACCUCACACACCAUCAACGCAGGGUCAGUCUGAGUGAUGGCAGUGAGAGUGACAGCUCUUCGCCUUCACCCCCACACCGCAACGACGCCCCGCCCUUACUUAAGACUACUAAUAACCAGAUACUGGAGGUGAAGAGUCCCACCAAGCAGAGCAAGCAGGACAAGAACAAAAACCUAGAUUGUGACAAGGCUUACCUGGACGAGCUGGUGGAACUGCACAAGAGACUGAUGACACUAAGAGAAGGUCAUAUACUGCAACAGAUUGUGAACCUGAUUGAAGAGACGGGACACUUCCACAUCACAAACACUACUUUUGACUUCGACCUUUGCUCCUUGGACAGAAGUACAGUCAGAAAACUCCAGAGUUACCUGGAAACCUCCGGACUGUCCUGAGGCUCUGAGCAGCUGGCUGCUGGAUCUCGUCUCCACACAGACUUUUGAUUUUUCUUGAAUACAAACUCCCACCUUUGGAUGCAAUGCAAAAGCCCCCCCCCCCCCCCCCCNNCCCCCCACUGUGGCUGGGUCCAGUUGCUGUGUGUCCAGCCUGCUGGUUGGACUGGGCUCUCUGAAUGAAGAGGUGGCCCCGCUACAGAAACCAGAGCCAGGUGUUGUGAGGUGUGAGCCCUGUCGAUCAGGAGAUCACCCGGAAAGCCUUGAAAACUUCACUUGAUUUAUAGGAAAAAAGUGGGGAGUGGCGACCUUGUUGCUCUUAAUGAAUGUGCAUAUUGUUACCAUGUAUGUUUCUUGAUUUGUUGUUCAUUGUGACAAAUGCAUGGUCAACAUUGCCUUACAACAUUGUAAGUCUUAUUUAUUGAAUUUAAUUUGCAGGUGUGCGUGUGUGUGUGCGUGUGUGUGUGACUGUGU